AUGCUUCUAAGCCAGUCAAAUCGGUGCCGGCAGAGCAGUCGUCUGAGAUGCUGCCAGCGGGUCCGAUAUCUGUCUGUAGAGAGCCAGAGGCCUCCUCCGUGGCGGCCAGGAUCUGUUCUCGAUGAUCUUAUGGCGACAAGUUGGGUUGAGAGAGAUGUCCGGCCCAUCAGCCUGCGCCAGUUGACCUUCUUUGGCCGUACGCUCACCGAGAACAGGCUGAUCAGUUCUGCAAACUACGUCCGGACAGAGCUCCCCACCAGGAUUGCUCAUCGUCUACGCGAUAUGCAGAAGUUACCGUAUGUCGUUGUAACGAAUCCGCAUCUCUCCUACGUCUACGAGCUAUACUACAAGGCCUUUGAGCGCUUCCGGACAGUGCCCGAGAUCAAAACGAUAGAAGACAAUGAUAGAUACUGUGAUAUCCUACGUCAUGCUCUCAAAGAGCAUCUUACCGUCAUUCCCAACCUGGCUAUGGGGGUUUUGGAGUGCCAGGGCCUGGUCAAACCUGAAGUCAUGGACCGGUUUAUGAACACACUUUUGCGGGCGAGAAUCUCGCGACGAGUGAUAGCAGAGCAGCAUCUCGCCCUGACAGAAACAUUCAACUCGCCAUGGCACUUCCCCGAUUCAACUGAUCGGGACAUGAGUGCGGAUUUUGUAGGUGAGGUCUUUCUUAAAUGUAACGCAAAGGACGUCGUAGAGCGAUGCGGCAAGCUAGCUCGUCAUCUACUACGACAAACCCUCGGCCCGGACGCAAGAAUUCCACAAAUAUCCAUCCAGGGCCAUCUAGGUGCUACAUUUCCUUACAUACUCAGCCAUCUGGAGUAUAUCGUUGGAGAGCUAUUACGAAAUUCCAUGCAGGCAGUCAUUGAGAAAUACAAGGACUGCGAUGGCACCCCUCCUCCGAUAGAGGUGCUUAUUUGUGAAGCUCCACAGCAUGUCAUUAUCCGAGUCUCAGAUCAGGGCGGUGGCAUUCCUCGCGAUAUCCUCCCAUAUCUGUGGUCAUUCUGCAAGGGACCUCGUACAAAAACCCGCCUCCAAAACCUGGGUCAAAUUCAUGCCAUGGCUGCAACGAUGCAGGAACUAAACGUUUCGCAUCAGGGCUCGUCUAAGGUGUCCAGAGGAGUAAAGGAGAAUUCCCUCGACUCACUUAGUUCGCGUCCGCCUAAUCUGAGGCUUGGAAUGGGGCUACCGAUGAGCCGUGUCUAUGCAGAGUAUUGGGCGGGGACGCUGGAACUCCAUAGCCUCGAGGGCUACGGUGUCGAUGCGUUCCUGCAGAUUUCUAGACUUGGAAACCAGAACGAGCAAGUAUCCAAGAGAGCGGCCAUAGAUGCCGUAUAA